GCCCAGCGUCCAGCGAUGUGAUCGGAGGAAUUUCAAUGGAAGCAAAUGAGAGACGGAUGAAAAUUAGCCAUGAAUCCUCAGCUUCCUACGCCAAACCCCAAACUGUUUUCCGCCAAAAAUGUUAAACCUCACAACAAAAUCUUCUGUUGCCUCUCUUCUCUCUUUCCCUACAUUAAUUUCCCAUUUAAUUCCACAGAUCCGUCCGAAACAAAUAAGGGGGAAAAGGGAUAAAUCCCAAAGGCUCUGCUCUGAUCUCUGUGUCUGUGUACCAAAUGUUUCUCUGAUCGGUGGUGGUGUGGUUUCGGCCGACGUGUCGUCUCUGCCAUUAGGCAGAAACUGAAACUUUUGUGGAGUAAAUCACACACCAUCGAUCUGGGGACUGACGAAGAUAAACCAUGGAGGUGCUUCGGAUGAGGCAGUUGAUGCUAUUAUGGUCUAGAAUUCAAAGCUCCCGUGUGGCCCUCGUGGGUGGAAAUCACACCGCUGCCAGAUUUUGCACUCGCUAAAAUCCCAUUUUCCCCUGCUUCAGCUUUCCCCUCUCUCUCUCUCUGCCUGCUCAUAAUCUGUCUGCGAAAUUUUCUUCAAUUCUGUUUUCUGCCCUAAUUCAACCGCACAACAUACGAAAGUUUUUUCGUCCUUCUAAUUCGAAGUUUUCAGUUCAAGCAAUCCAUGGCGCCCGGCUUGGUUCGAGGUUUCCAAACAAAACCCCACAACUACGACCACGUUGAUGGUCUGUAUUUGGUGAUCAAGCACCCUACAGCAGAAUCCAGAGUUUUGAGAUUUCUUGCUCGAGCUGUGCUCUUGGCUUUGUUCAUUGUUUCAUUGCCUUAUUUCGGAUCCGUUCUCAAAGGAUCCUCUAGCGCAUCGCAAUCGUUCCUAACCAAUGCCGAAUUCGGCUCUGAUAAUGAGAUCGGCAUCGUCGCUCUUCGACUCAACGACAAGUCCAAUGGCUACAGAAUCGUUUACCUCGAACAAUCUGAUUCUACUCCCUUCGACGUGGAGAAGACCGAAGGCCAAACUAAGAUCGAUUCCCCCUCUCGGAGACGACUUCUUGCGUACGAAUCUGACGCCAAAAGAGCAGCCCUAAACGAACUCGAAGAUGUGCUCCUCGAACCGCCGCGAUCGGCGUCGCGAAAGUCGAGGCGGUACUUGCAGCGAACGCGAUACCUUCCAGAUUUGAUGGGAGAUUCUCUCGAAGGCUAUCCCCGCCAUGUUUUCAUCGACGUCGGACUUCCAGAGAAGGAAGGCGGAAGCGGCACAAGCUGGUUCGCAAACAACUACCCUACCAGAAACAAGAAAUUCGAAAUGUACAAGAUCCAGACGGUGAGUACCGAUCAAGAGCCAUCGUCGAAUGCGCUGCAGGUCGGAAUCUCCGACUGGCUAUCGAAGAACGUAAGAGCCGAAGACUACGUCGUAAUGAAAGCAGAAGCCGAGGUGGUGGAGGAGAUGAUGAAAACCAAGGCCAUACGGUUGGUCGAUGAACUUUUCUUGGAAUGCAAGCCACAGACAACCGGCGGCCGGAAGGUUUCCGGCGGCGGCGGGCGAGCUUACUGGCAGUGCUUGGCCUUGUACGGCCAGCUCCGCGACGAAGGUGUAGCGGUUCAUCAAUGGUGGGGCUGAAUGAAUCAGAGGAUCGAAAUCGAAUCGCCAGAGAGACUGAGCGUGGAGACGAGAGGGAGGGCCAUUAUUACAUUACGUAUUUGAUUUCCUUUUCUUUGUUUUUUUUUUUUUUUUCUUUUUCUCUUUUCUUGCUUGUGCGGUUUUUUUCUUUUCUUUCUUUUUUAAGCCUUCGUACAAAAAAAAAAAAAAAUCCUUUUUUCUUUUUAAUUUUUUUAAAAUUUGAAUUGUUAUGAUAUGGCGGUGGAGCGGGAAAAUUAGUGAGGGAGGGAAGGCCUGUAAGCUGUGAAUGUGAUAUGGAGAAAGUCUUCAAUUGUUAAUUUGCCUUUUUUGUGUACGUUGUAUAAAUAUUUAUAUCUCUUCCUUUA